AACAACUUAGACUAUAUUCAUUGCAAAUCUGUUUUAAAAACAAUGGCUUGUAUGCAUGCUUAUGGCUUUAAGAAGGUACUAAGUAAUGAAUUAAUGGAUUUAUCAGAUAAAAUUUCUCAAAGUGAAAAAUUUGAUAGUUGGUUUAAUAAAUGUAUUGAUUUAUUAUCAAAAAUUAUAGAUCUAAAGCAUAAUAAAAAAGUAUUCAGCGAAAGUUUUACGCAGUGUAUUGAAUCAUUUUACAAACUAUUGGCGUCUGAAAAGUUUCCAAAAACAUUGUGUCACGCUAAUUUUGGGAGGGAUCAUUUAAUGUUUCAAUACGAUAACGAUCAUAAUCCAAUCCGUUGUUGUUUGCUAAAUUUUCAGACAGUCUCUUUUCUGUCUCCAGUCUUUGAUCUUUUCAUUUUUUUAUAUGGAAACACAACUUCCCAAUUUCGAGAAAAUCACUUGUUGGAAUUAACCCGUUAUUAUUAUAAUGAACUUUCUACUAAACUUGAAAAACAUCAAUUGAAAGCAAAUGACAUACUCACAAAAAUUGAUUUUGAAACUAUAUGUGUUGAUAUGGUAAUUAUUGGCAGAGUAAUCAGUUGGAUUCGAAAAAUACUUGAAACUAUGAAUGAAAAUGAAAAAUUUUCUGCAAGCCAAAAUAUUUUUGAUUUUAUAAAUAGUAAUUCAAACGAAAAGGUUUUACAGGAAAUAAAACAUAGUGAAUAUGAACCAGUUUUGAUACAAAUAUUAAAAGAAGUUGAAGAACUUUUAGAAUAUCGAAAUAUUGGUAAAGAAGUGUGUUUUAAUGUAGCCAAACAAAAAUUAAAAUCUGAAAUAUCCGUUAAAAAAAUUUCAGUUGAUUUACCAAGCUCAAGAACUGGAUAUAUGGGUGCGCAUAAAUUUUUAAACAUUCAUGUACAGUGUGAUUCAAAACCAAUAAAUUUAAAAUAUUUUCUGAAAUUUGUUCCCGAAGAACAAGGACAGCUUAAUUUCUUGGAGUUUGCAAGCGGAUUUAAACGUGAAGUGCUUAUAUAUAAAGAAAUAUUUGAGACAAUGAAAAAAUUAGGAGUAGGAAUUUAUUCAAUUGUUCCAGUUUGCCACGUGGUGUCACAUAAUUUCUUACUACUCGAUUUUCUAGACGAAUACCGAAACAGAAGCAAAUAUGAAAUGUUUGAUUUUCAGCAUCUAAAUGUAAUGCUUCGAAGCUUAGCAAAACUUCAUGCUAGUAGUGUUAUUUGGGAAGAAAAACUAAGCAAACAAGAAGGAAAACCUUUCUUACUCGGUGAAAAAUAUAACGAAAUAUUACGAGAAGUUGUUUAUUCUAAUCGAGCGAUAACUGAUGGUAUGGUUGACUCAAUACUAAUAGUUAAUGAUCAUCUAUUGAAAAUGAUCGACUCGAAUGUUUUAAAAGAAAAACUCAUGAAAAUAUUUGAUAAGGUUUUGGAUUAUUUAACGGCAUCAUCAAAAUAUCGAAAUGUUUUAAACCACUCCGAUCUUUGGUCUAGUAACAUGAUGUUCAAAUAUAACACGAAUAACGAACCAAUUCAUUGCAAACUUAUUGAUUAUCAAUUUUGUCGAUACUUGCCACAGUCACAUGAUGUACUGAUGUCUUUGUAUCUAACAACUUCAACCGAAACUUGUGAAAAAUAUAAGUUGGAAUUAUUAAGAAACUAUCAUUCAUAUUUUAAGGAAGAAUUAGAAGAACACGAUAUUGAUUGUGAUAACAUUAUAACAUUUGAAGAAUUUUUGGAUAGCUGUGAGGAAAUGAAACCCUUUUCCAUGAUACAAAAAGCAACGUUCUAUCAUUUCAUAAUGCAAAUGCCUGAAUACGAAAAAGAAUUUUUGGCUUCUGUAGAAUUGCAAGAUAUGUUUUUCAAACGCGGUGAUCGCUAUGAUAUAAUAACACGAAAUUGUGAAUAUGAACAAUAUCGGGAAUUAAUGCGUGACUCACAUGUGCCGUUAAUAGAAUAUUUAAAAACAUUAUAAUAUGAAGAAAAAUUUUACCAAACCAAAAAUGUAAAAAUAUCUUGGAAAAAUAAGAAGAUGUAUUAAAUAGAGGUAACGCAUAGAAAUGCUGAUGAGUUGUAACGCUUAGAAAUAUUGAUGAUACAAACAAAGUUUGGGCAUUGGUGUUUUGUGCAAAAUUUUUGAAUUAGUGCAUUUCCGUUUGUUCGUCAGAACGAUAAUUCAAAAACGAAAAGAGAUAUUAAGAUGAAAUUUUGAGCGUUACAGGUAUGCGGAACACAUCUUUUAAGUUGUAACAGAUAAAACAAAAAUUUAAACGCAAUUUGAAUAUCACGAAAACUAUAAAACUUAGAAAAUUGUUAUUUGUUAGUAGCUUUGAUUGUAAGGUUUGAUUUACUGUACUUUCAUACGAAACCCAUUCGAUGGGGGUCAAAUAAUAUUGUUUGUCAAAUCAGUGGUGUAUGUGGUGAGAUGCAUGUGUGAAGCAUAAAUUUAUUGUUUCUAAAUUAUUUUUGUAAAAAAUUUUUA